UGUUAUAUUAAAAUGAUACUUGGAAUUGGAAUAGAUAUUAUCCAUUUAUCACGUAUUAAAGCUCUUUUAACACGCAAACCAACAUCCCUAUUACAUUUUUCCAAAAGAAUUUUGUCAGAUGGAGAAUUAAAAGAAUUUAAUAUUUUUUUAUCUAAUCAAAAAAAAAAUUUGAUUAGUGCUAAUAAUUUAUCACAAAAUAAUUCAAAACAAGAUAAAAUUAUGAUUAAUAAUAAUAUCAUUAAAUACUUGGCUGUUAGAUGGACUUUAAAAGAAGCAGCUUAUAAAGCAUUAUUUCCUCAUUAUCGUCUUACAUGGAAAGAUAUAUCUAUAAGUAAAAUUAAAGGCAUGAAUAAUUAUUAUUAACAAUUUUUUUAUUAAAUACUUUGAUUUUUUUUUUCUUAAUAUAAUAAUUAAUAUUAUUUUAGAAAAGCCAUAUUUAAUGAUCCAUAAUGUUAGUCAAAAAGGAAAUAAUAAUAUUAAGGUUCAUUCAUCUGUUUCACAUGAUGAAAAAUAUGUUAUUUCACAAGUUUUAAUUGAAA